AUGUGGGCCGUCGACAGUGGUGCAACACACCACAUAUGGCACGACAAGACCAAGUUUGCAAGACUGAACAAGCGCAACGACGGUGAAAUCUUGGUGGCGGAUGGUAACACAGUGGCCAUCAAGGGUGUUGGAACCAUCAUUAAGAAGGCGGUUCUGCCCGACGGUGAAGAGCGCGAGAUCGAGAUCAAGAACGUGCUUUACGUACCAAGCAUGAGCAAGAAUCUACUCUCGGUGCCUCAGAUCAACAAGCACGGCAAGGUUCAAGUCGUGUUCGACGGGACCAAGAUGUUUGUCGCUCGCAAAGGAUCGCAACAAGUGGUGGCAACAGCAAAUCUUGUGGAUGGUCUUUACUGGCUUCACACAGCUCAUCGAUCGGCCAAUGCGACAACAAACGGAUGCAACGGUGUCGACUUACAUGCGCGGAUGGGACACGCUCCAGCUGAUGUGCUUCGCAAAAUGGUGGCCACGAACAUGAUCAAGGAUGUGAAGGUACCUCUUAAGUCAAGUGGAUCAUUAAGAGCUUUAGACUUCUUGGUCCGAGUGCAAAACGCAAAGUGA